GUGAAUGGGGCGGUGUGGACUACUGGGAAAACGAGGAACGGGGAAGAGCGAGUACGAAAUUGUGGCAGAGGUAAACAGCAGAAGUUAUCUGAAGAUCUUAAAGCAAUACGAAGCUAGUACGAGCAGGAAAGCCUCGUGGAAACAUGUAGACAUCAGCUACGUUUAACACGAGCAGACAAACACCCAGAAAGAGCGCUGGGCGUGUUCAUGUUUUGAUGUGCUUAGGCUCGAGUCUCAGGUUUUGUUCAACAUUGCUCCUGGCCGACGCGACGCGACGCGACGCGGUGGGGGAACCGCGCAACUGAGUAAUGCUUUCACUUUUCCAGCGAGAAGAUGGAUGAAAAAUCCUACUACAGCCGGCUCCUCAUCGCACUCCUGAUGGUCCUGUGUUUCGGCGUUAUUGUAUUACAAUACGUCUGCCCUACGUCCGAUUGCCAGUUGCUCCACCUGGCAUCAUUGUCCUCGAGACUGGGAAGUCGCGCACGCGGGGAUCGCAUGAACGGAGCCGGUGCGGGAGAUCCGUACAGCUCCGAGGACGGUGCUUUGGUUCGAUUCGUGCCUCGCUUUAAUUUCACCACCAAAGACCUUAAUCGCGCUGUAGAUUUCAACAUCAAGGGGGACGAUGUUAUAGUGUUCCUCCACAUUCAGAAAACCGGGGGGACCACGUUUGGCCGUCACCUUGUUCGCAACAUCCAGCUGGAGAGGCCUUGCGAGUGCCAUGCGGGUCAGAAGAAGUGUACCUGUUACCGGCCGGGCAAACGGGACACCUGGCUGUUCUCCCGGUUCUCCACCGGCUGGAGCUGCGGGCUGCACGCGGACUGGACUGAGCUCACCAGCUGCGUGCCUUCCUUCAUGAGCAACCGGGAGUCUCAGGAGAGGCGCAGGACUCCCAGGAACUACUACUACAUCACGAUCUUGAGGGAUCCAGUGUGGCGGUACCUGAGCGAAUGGAGACAUGUUCAGCGCGGUGCCACCUGGAAGGCCUCUAAACACAUGUGUGAUGGCCAUUUACCCACCCUGUCUGAGCUGCCCAGCUGUUACAAUGGUGACGACUGGUCGGGUUGUUCGUUAGAGGAAUUCAUGGCUUGCCCUUACAACCUGGCCAACAACAGACAGACCCGUAUGCUGGCCGACCUCAGCCUGGUGGGCUGCUAUAACCUCUCCAUCAUGAGUGAGAGCCAGCGCUGGGUCAUGCUAUUGGAAAGUGCCAAACGCAACUUGCGAAACAUGGCCUUUUUUGGUCUGACCGAAUAUCAGCGAAAGACGCAGUACCUCUUCGAGCACACGUUCCGCCUGUCCUUCAUCGCACCGUUCACGCAGCUCAAUGGCACGCGUGCUGCGAGCGUAGAGGUGGAACUGGAGACCCAGCGCAGGAUUCGAGAGCUUAACCAGUGGGACGUUGAGCUGUACGAAUACGCACGGGACCUUUUCCUCCAGCGCUUCCAGUACGCCAGACAGCAGGAGCGCAGGGAGGCCCGGCAGCGACGUUUGCAGGAGAGGCGCAAGUUACGUGCCAAGGUGAAGCCUUGGUGGGGGGUCACUGGAAAAGCUGUUUUAAAACCCACCAAGGAGUCACCAAUGACAGAACAAUCUCCCGUUUUUUCGGAAGAAAAACAAGCAGAUGCUGGACAACCGCUGGAGAGCGAGACAGAAGGACAGGUAGAGGACAACUGGUUAGAGGAGGAUGACAGUGAAACCAUAUUGGACUAUUUAGAAAACGUAGAGCAGUGGCGGUAGCCACCAGCUAUUUGGGAAGAGGGUUGAACUCAAUACCGAACUAGAAAAUGGUGAUUCCAUUUGAUUAAUUUGGGGUACCUAUAAUCCUUUAAGCCCAAAUCACUGCUAAAUAUUAGCAUAUACGGGUUGUUAAUUGCGGGUUGCUCUUUCUGUGACAAAUGCAUUUUGUGGAGCGCACAUCAAAAUUCUCAUGUAUAUUGAUUCUUAGCACCAGUUCUCUGUCAGAUAUCAUAUUUGAAUUAUCGUCUUGCAGCCUGACUUGUGUAUUGUGAUUCGUGAACUGAAAAGAUGAUAAAAUUCACUGCCCCAUCACCACUCUGCCCUUGAGAGAGGGCAUUAUGACUCCAGGUUGCACCAGGGAAAUAGUCCCUGCAAUUAAUGUACUGAAAAUUACUAUGGAUGAAAAGCAUAUGCUUAUCGUGAAAGCCAAAGAUUGGAAUGUUUUUGAAAUGCCAUUUUCUGACCUUGCUGUUCUGAGGAAAAAUCUGGUGGCAGCACAUUUUUAUUUACAUUCCUGUAAUGUAAGAUUUCAAAUAUUGCCUAAGGUUUUUUUUUUUUUUUUCUUUCCAAGUGUCCUCAGCCGUUACAAUCCCAUGCACAUCACAAGUCAGCCUUAUGUUGAAGUCCAACACUUGUCUUUGGAUUAUGUUUUGAUUUAAGAUGUUUUUGUAGAUUCUUCUUUCUUUCUCAUACCUUUUAUUUAUAUGUUUGCUCAUGGAAUCACAUGUUAUGGGUUGGCUCAUAAUAUUUUGUUACUUGAAAAUAAAAAGCCAUUGUAAAUCACCUCAUCUGCUGAAUUUAUACCACACCAUAGGUUGUACUGAGGAGCACUGAUUGCUCUACUGGAAAAUGAACAAAAUUUGUGAGUACUAAUAAA